AUGGUCAUCUUAGAGGCGGUUGCUUCUUUCGAUAGAUGGUUUUGGCAUGGAUUUUUUGGAAAGCCGGGAUCAAACAAUGAUAUCAAUGUUUUAAACCAUUCUGAUGUGCUUGACGACGUCAAUAACAGUGUUGCCCCUCGGUGUGAAUUUGUUGUAAACGGACACAUGUACUAUGAAGGUUACUACCUGGCUGAUGAUAUAUAUCCAAGGUAUAAGGUACUCGUGGUUGCUUACAAAGAAUCGAUCCUAUGCCGAAAAAAGAAACUCUUCAACAAAUACCAGGAGGCCAAGAGGAAAGAUGUGGAAAGAGAUUUUGGUACUCUCAAACGCAAAUUCGCUAUUGUGAAUAAUCCGUGUAUGUAUUGGAAAAAAUCAGAUAUGAAAUCCAUAAUGAGAGGAUGCAUGAUAAUGCACAACAUGGUUGUGGAGAAUGAGUAUUGUGCACAGGAUUGGGAUGGUUUCCAAGAAAAUGCACCGAUUAUUAUAGAAAACCCUGUAGACGUGUACAUGGAUUCAGAAGACGUUGACCCUGAAAAUGAUGCUUAUCCUCCUGAAGACGAAGGAGAGGUAUACGGGAACUUUUUCGAGGAUGGGGAGUAA